CAAUCCACGUUGUCAGUACACAAAACCGCCAACAAGCACUCUCAGCUCCUACUUCCGCAACCAACCUCAAAGUUCCUCACUUUCCUCUCCUACUUGUUUUCCAGACAAAGAUGUCGAUCGUCCCAAUCAACGAGCGACGAGGCAGCGACGACUUCGACAAUCUCUCAUCGGCCCUCGACCUGUGGGACCCAUUCACGGAUUUCCCAUUCCGAGCAUUUCCAUUCCAUUCCCCAAUCUCCAACGUUCUCCGGGAAUUCAAUCCGUUUGCUUCCGUGAACUCCCGGCUCGACUGGAGAGAGACCCGAAACGCCCACGUCCUGACCGCGGCGCUGCCGGCGUUUGCCAACGAGGAAGUGCUCGUUUCGCUUGAGGACGAGCGAGUGCUCCAGAUCAGCACCGACAGCGGCAGCUUCACGACGAGGAUGAAGCUGCCGGACGACGCCAGGAUCGAGGAGCUCAAGGCGUUCAUGAGCAAUGGAGUGCUCACUGUGACUGUUCCUAAGUUGGCGGCCGCCGGCGGCGGGCGCGAUGUCAGGGUUAUUGAAAUUUCCGGCGAUGAUUGAAGCGAUCGGGUGCACUUUCUGGUAUAAUGGGUAACCUCGUUCUGUGUCGGAAUGUGAAAAGUUUGUGUCUUUGUGUGAUUGAAAUGUACGACGUAGGUGUGUGUUUGUGAUGCUUUUAGCUGAAAUUAAUGUAAUAUUUAGUGUGGAACUUGAUGUUAUGUCAUCUACUAUGUAUUUUUUUGCUUGUUAAUAAAAUUCACUCCUACUGUCUA